UAGUGGUUCCCGCUCGCUAAUCACGGGUCCGGCUGGGCAAGGGGGCCUGAGCGUCAACGCCGGACAGCAGAACAGGUGCGGAGCAAAAGAAAGAAACAAAAGGGUCUAAUCCCAGACCCAGAGGAAAGUGAUCGAGCGAUCCUAGCUUAGCAGGCAGUUAGGCUCCGACUGCUCCCAGGAAUUACAGACUUGCGGAGCUGGUGAACUCACUCCAUGGCGUCCAUCGUCGUCAUCGCGCUGGUGCUCGUCCUCGACCUCCUCGCCUUCGUCCUCGCCAUCGGCGCCGAGCGGCGCCGGAGCACGGCGGAGGUGAGCGAGGACGGCGCCGGGAGGUCCUACUGCGUGUACACCACGGACGCGUCCACGUGGUACGGCGUCGGCGCGCUCUCGCUGCUCCUCGCCGGCCAGGCCGUCGCCAUGGGCGCCAGCCGGUGCUUCUGCUGCGGCCGCGCGCUCUCGCCCGGGCGGUGGCGCGGCUUCUCCGGCGUCUGCUUCAUCAUUUGCUGGCUGACGUUCAUUAUCGCCGAGCUGUGCCUGCUGGCGGGAUCGGUCCGGAAUGCGUACCACACCAAGUACAGCGGCUACUUCAUCAACGGUCCGCCCCACUGCACCAUGCUGCGCAAGGGCGUCUUCGCCGCCGGCGCCGCCUUCACUUUCCUCGCCGCGCUUUUUGCCGAGCUCCACUACAUGUUCUACGCUGCCGCUGCCGCGGCCACCCCUCCCAUCAUCCACGGAGGCGGUAUCGGCAUGACCCGCAUCUGAAGGAUCCAAAUUCACAUCGACCCUCUCUACCUACUAGGUGUGUUGAAGUUGAACACUGUAUAUUUGUCGAUGUAUGUACAGAUCCUGUAUGUGAGACUGUUGAGAACUUAAUAGAGCUUAUUAUACCCGUA